AACAGAGCUGGAAGAAGCAUGGCCGUUGAAACAGUGCGCGACUGGAAGUGGUGAGUGCCUAGUAUGAUUACUUCAUGCCCACGAGCUUUUUCUUUGACCAGAUCAAAAAUAUGCAUUCUGGUCGAGAACCGCCUUCUCGCUGCUUUCUUAAAUUUCGUGAAUUUCCGACGAUGAGAUAAUUAUCAUUUAUCAAUCUAAAAAAACGUAGUGCACUCAAGUUUUCGAAUUCUCGAUCGAGAACGACCAGACGGAAAAGAAGACAACUGGCGACAACAGGACCACCUGUCGCUCAUCUUCAAGAUGAUGCGACCCAUUCGCGAAGGGGAGCUCACAAAAACGGUGUUAUCAAAAGGAAAAAUCACCCCUCCCCAUGUCGAAAAGGUAUGUUUCCGAAAAUUUGUGUUGCUGAUUUGAGGUCACAAAUCACAUUUGUCUUGCAAGAAGACAAGGGCAGAAGCUUGCUCCCCAUUAUGGGAUUGAUUUGUCAUGUUGUUGGGCCUAAAGGGGAGCCGUUUGCCAUGCUGAACAACUAGACCCCUACGCCCCUACCUAGCCUGCGCAUCUGGCCGCAGUGCGCAGCGCCUCUCUGCAAUACAAACCUGAUCUGUGUACACAAGUCCAGCAUCAGAAGUUCCGUUUUGAUAUGGGGAGGGGGGAUUUGUCUCUUCGAUAGGUGUACUCUCACAUUCACGACCACCAGUACGAGGACGCGAUUCGAAUUCUGAACGAGUACAUACCAAAUGCAAAAACGUCUGGGUCUGGAAGAUUGCGAGAUUUGUCAUGCACGUUUUCCAUGACCCAUGAGGUCUGUCAUGAAGGACAUAGCAUGACAGAUUCUGUGAGAGUUCUAUCAUACCUAUCCUGCAUGAGAAACUGCCUCUCGAUUAGGUCAAAAGUGGACAGCUUUUGGUAAUCAUGCAACACAGAUUUUUACAUGAUUCAGAUUUAGCAUGGCAAGUUGCUUUCUUCCAGACCCAGACACUGUUUUACAUUUGAUAGUACAACACAGGGCGCAACAGCUCCUCACGGGCGAACUUCAGCCUGCUGGCCUACUGCUAUUACCACAUUCAGGACUUUGCAAGCGCCGCCAGCUACUACCAGCAGCUCUCGCACCUUUGCCCCGAGAACGAAGAGUACAAGGCCUACUGGAUCCAAUGUCUGGUGAAGGCCGGGCACUACGAGGAAGCCAGCAACCAGCUGCUGUCGAUGAAUUCAGGCGCUGGGGGCGCCGUGAGCGCCACCAGCUCCGACCUGCAGGAGCGCUUACACCACCUGCAGGCGACCAUACACUACGAACGGGACGAGCUACAGCUCGCAAGGAACGUUCUCACGGCGCCGAACGCCACGGAGGACCCGGAACAGAAAACCAUCUUCGAAGCCUCCCUGCUCUGGAAGGAGCAGCGGUACGCGGAGGCGCUGAAGCUGUACCAGGAGGCGCUGCAAACCCUGGGCUUCGUGGCCUGUGUGGUGUACAACAUCGCACUCUGCUACUACAGCCUGAAGCAGUAUGGUCCUAUGCAUCGCAAAUAUGUAGUCCGUUCUUGUCAUGCGAGAUUUCGAUUUGAAGCAGAGCAGGAUCUGUCUUGCAUGAACACGAGUGGCCAGUUUUUUUGAUGUCAUGUUGGGAAAAUCAUUUUGUCACGCGUUUUAGUACACGAAUGAAAAUGAAUGUGCAAGAACAGGCCUCGAUAAAUAAGUUCUCAUGCUGAAAGCCGUACCGGCUACUCUCCAAUGCGAGCAUGAUCAGCAACACAAGUUACUUAUUCCCAGGCCGAGACAUAUUUGCAUUUGAUAGGGCCGGCCUUGAAGCAACUCGCGGACAUCAUCGAAAAGGGGGUGCGCGAGCACCCCGAGCUCGCGGUGGGUGGGUCUGACUACAGCGGAAACAACCUGCCCACCCGGUCCGUCGGGAACACGUCGGUCCUGCGCGAGUCCGCGUUGGUGGAGGCCUUCAAUCUGAAGGCCGCCAUCGAAUACCAGAUGGAGAACAAGGAAGCCGCGCGCGACGCGCUGCAGGACAUGCCCCCGCGGGAGGAGUCCGAACUGGAUCAGGUCACGCUACACAACCUCGCGCUGAUCCAGAACAUGGAAGACAAACCCUCCGAGGGCUUUCGCAAGCUGAACUUCCUGCUGCAGCAGCAGCCCAGUCCCCCGGAGACCUUUGUCAACCUGCUGCUGCUAUUAUGCAUUUUUGCAAAUAUGUCUGCGUCGGGAAGAGGCGAGCCGAGUCUGUGAUGCUCUGAGGUCAUCACGUCGGAAACGCAAAAUAUUUCAUCUGCACUACUAUUGCAUGAGCAUCCAGAGAAACCUACUUUUUGCCAUUCGAAGACGGUACUUUUCAUUUACGAGGAGAGGCAUGAAGGAGCCUUAUCGAAACUUGUACCGCAGGUGCAGCGUGCAUUCCAGCACUUCUGGGUCAUGCUAGACCACCUGCACGACAAGCCUUGCAGUCCUGCUCCAGGCCCAGACACAUUUGCACUUGAUUGCUGUACUGCAAGUAUAACUACUUUGACCUGGCCGCCGACAUCCUGGCCGAAAACGCGGACUUGACGUACAAAUAUCUGAAUCCUCAGUAUGGCUUGUUCAGAUGUCACGAAAAUCUCAACUGUUGCAAGAAUAAAAUCGGGACUUUGUCUAGCAUGAACAGCAUGAAAAAUAACCUACAGAGGCUUGCGCUUUUCGCAGUACAACGAACUUCGACGAACGAUUCUAAUGGGAUUUGCUGCGAGUGCCUGAACUUGUCAGCAUGCGCAUUCGUGUGAGAGAAGGCCAGAUCGUGUAUGAUCUUCUUCUUUUGCAUACGUAGAACUACGAAGUACGAAGAGGAAGAGCAGAAAUCUGCAUUUUAUAAAUAGAACAGUUGACGAGAUUGUCCCACCUGCGCAGUCUAUACACAGGAGUUUGAGUUUCUGGAUGCCUUGAUUUUGGCCCAGAGUGCCCCCGAAGACGCCUUCAAGCGGUUCGAGGAACUUUCGGGGAAGUAUGGAGUUUUCACAGCGCGUUACAUUCUCAGUUGUUACAUGUUGAAUUUGCGAACGAAGGCUUCGGCCCUCGUUCUCCCCGGCAACUCCCCGAGUUUGGCCGUUCACCACUAAAACGGGCGGCGUUUCGUCAAGCUCCGGUGGCGAUCGGUUGAGACACUAAUCGCCAGCUCCUACUUACAAGCAGGAACAUAGAUAGUGCGCUAAACAGUUACUCGCUCGCCUGAAGAAGCGAGCACCCGAUUGAAUUUGCGACGCAACUAACAAAAGCGCAAGUGGGUAGCUUCCCUACGCGUCUCCCAUUUUUACAAAUCCAACAUAGACUGCUACGCUGUUUCGCCCUUCGAGAAUUCGCCACGCGAAGCAGCUUGGUCGUGUGGUGGCUCAGGCUAAUGGUAAUGGCGAUUUUGCGUGGCAAACGCAAAUCACAUAACAGCUGACGAUGUAGCAACGCUUGCGAGUUCCAUAGGAGGCACGUCGACGCGUUGCGCCGCGGAACGAAGAACAUCCAGGACGCCCGACGGCAACGGGACCAGCCGCUGGUCAAGAAACAUCUCGCAGAGUUCGACGACAGCUAUCCUGUGCGAAAACGUCCUCGCCCCAUAGUUGUCAUGCAGCAAAUCUGCAUGCUCAAAAUGUUUCUCAUGCGGAACCCCAUGAGAAAGAGAAGCAUUUCCUACUCCUAGUCGACGCGUUUUGGAAUUUGUAAUGCUCCAUUCAGCAUAAUAAGUAGUAGGCUAGAUUUGUGAUGCUGCUGAACGACCUAAACACCAGCACUACACUACGAGACCAAACUUGUCAUUCGCAACAACCUAAGCCUAUUCAUUGAUUUGCCCAGCAGAUUUUCCAUCUUGACUAUGGGGUGGGGAUGUUUUCACUGAGGAUAACAGCCUUUCAAAAUACAUCCCUGUUCUGAUGGGCCAGGCCAAGAUCUACUGGGAAAAGGAAAAAUAUGGCGAAGUAGAGAAACUCUUCCGCCAGAGCGCCGAGUACUGCUCUGAUGACGAAUCUUGGAAGCUGAACGUUUAUCAAAAUGAAAAGUGCCCCACCACCAGAAGACCUCCGCACAGCCUGCAUUGCAAGCGCUCCAAAUGACCGUAGAGCUUUCUCCCUCUCUUCUUGAGCGCAGUAAGUCGUACUCUGCAAAACGAAGAUAAACAGUGCGGAAUCCGCGCAUCCAUCAGUGCGGAGCUGGCGGCUGUACUUGAGUUGCACCAUCAGAAGUGCGAAACUUUCGCGACUGGGCGUACCGUCUUCAAAUCAAAUCUCAUUGCCCAGUGAAUAAAUGAGUGACUGCAUGAAGAGAUGAAACAAAAACGCAACGCGUUUCGUUAUAUAAUCUAGACCGGUACUAUGCAACUCAGACCUGAACCUGAUUGACAUCACUUACAGUGUGGUGCUAUGGUGCCACAGAGACUCACUCCCGCUACUCUGGCUUGCAAAUUUGUCAUGCUAUAACACGCAAGAAAGCUGCGGUGGCAAGUGUUUACAUUGCGAACUUUUGCAGUGCAAAAAGUUCCACAUUCUGGGAGGGGGGCGGCACCUUUAUUCAAAAUGAUAAAGCUGCGCACGUGUUCUUCAUGCAAGAGAAGUUCAAGGACAGCAUACGGUACUACGAACCUUUCGUACGCAUAUGCAUGGCAAAUCUGUCUCAAUCCGGAACAUGGCAGCUUGUAAUGCUAUUCAAGCUGGACCACGAUACAUAGCAUCUGUGUUGUAUGAACGCCGAAAACUUGCCCACUUUCUUGUGUUCCAUCUAUUACAAAGUGGCGUCUUCUUGUUACGCGGGACAGUAGGCGUUGAAAAAUUCUCGCAAAAUGAAUAUCUGCAAUGUGGUUUUGUUUGCAUUCCAGAGCAACAUCUGCGUCGUGCAAAAGAUGCAUGGCGUUGCUUCUGCAUUUAUCUCGCAAUGGAAUUGCAAUUAUUGCAAACGGGGAUGCAUGACCUACAGGGUCACUUUUCCAGACCCGGACAUAUUUGCACUCGAUAACGCAAGCACCAGGACAACCUGCUUUCUGUCACCGCAAUUAUCCUGGCGAAUCUGUGCGUCAGCUACGUUAUGACCAGCGCAAACGAGGAGGCGGAGGAACUGAUGCGCCUGGUCGAAAAAGAAGAGGAACAAAAGGACCCGACGAAGCCGGUUUACCACCUGUGCAUCAUAAACCUGGUAAUAUCGUAAGAAAAAAGUGUCUCACUGUAACGAGUUCUGCAAGAUCUAUUGCGAUCACUAGUCGUUCUCGUUGUUCUACAUGACAAAGAAAAUUUGCAACGCAUGUUCAAAACACAGGAACUCGAAUGAAAAUGAAUUCAGUAUCUAUGUAUACAUGUGCAGCCGGUCCGGAGGACAAACACUCCUGCGUUCGCGUUCCAUUUUAUCAUGAGUGACAAGUUUACAGCGAAACACUUUUUUCUUGCGAUAGGUGAUCGGCACACUGUACUGCGCCAAGGGCAAUUUCGAGUUUGGUAUCUCUCGGAUCAUCAAAUCGCUGGACCCGCUGGAGCGAAAACUCGGCGUGGAUACUUGGUAUAAGGGAAUUGAUUGUGGGGAACAAGAAAAAUCUCAAUCCCAGGAGCUCCUCCACUAAAUUUACAUGUACUUAGUUAGUAUACGUAAAAUAAAAAAGUGCACUCGAGGGUGCUGAUUUGUCGCCACAAGUCAGGUUGAUGCAUUGACAUUGUUGAAGAAAGUAAGGCAAAAAUGCGCGAGCCACUUUCUUGUAGGCCGUCAAUCCUUCUUCGGCUUCGGCUUGUGGCACAGCAGAGGAUUUAUAGAACACGCAAUUCCAAACAGCUUGAUACGUAUCUACUUCUUUACAAACAGCGACCCUCGUUACCGUCCUUGUGCGAUAUCGAGACCAGGACGAAGCCAAAACGAAGCCAGGCGGGCAGCUUUGAAAAGCGCCCGCCUGUGUUGAAAGUUUUAUUUCCGAUGAUGAUCCUCCGAAAAGUUUCGAGGGCUCCCCGCCUUUGGGCCUCCCUCUGUUGCCUGCAAGGCGGGGCGCCCUUUGUGCCGCGUGUUCUGUGCCGCGCGUUCAUUGGCCCCGGGCGCGUCCGUCGCGUUGUGCAUGUGGAAGAGCCUGCGACGCGGCGUGCCGUCGGGCUCAAUUUUUGAGCCGCAUGGCAGUACAAACGCGAAAAAGCGCUGGCCGUCGCAAGGCUUUGAGUGUUUCGCAUGCCAAGGGGGCGGCGCCGCCUUCGUUUUGCCUGGUGCCAGCUGGUUUCCCUGGUAAGCUCCAGCGCCUGGCGCAGUGUCUGCAUGCGGGGAAGCGCCGGGCGCAUGGGGGGGGCUCCCGGAAGGCGGGGCCCCGCGCGUCUCGUCCCGGGCAUCGGGCGGGCUCGCGAGUGGGGCGGGUCGCGCGCCACCGGGAAAAACGAAGGGGCCCCCUCUUUUUGUAGGAAAAGCGCGCAGGCGCCGUGCCCCGGGCUGGAAGUGCACGCGCCUCCCGCUCGCAUUGGCGCGCCCUGCGCGGGCCUGCUUCCGCGAGGGCCAAAAUGUUGAAGGUAUGCAUGGCGACCGCGAGAGAGGCCAUGUGCGUGGCUGCUCAUUUUAGGGCCUUCUCCCCUGCCUGCUCGCUGGCCCGGGCCCCUCGAUACCUUCGCCCCACCCGGGCGCCGCGGCGAAGCAACCCGGGCCCGGCCCUCCCAUUGUUUGGUCUCUCUUUUGCAGAAUAGGCAGUCGCCUGGCGGCAGGCACCCUCCCACCCGGCCGCCCGCAAGCCAGAGCCAGCGAGGCCUGGGAGAAAGAAUUUAUAGAACACGCAAUUCCAAACAGCUUGAUACGUAUCUACUUCUAUGCCCCUGAGCAGGCUUGCAGACCGGUUGACGGAUGAAAACCAAAUAUUUCUUGCCAGAAUGCAGAUAAGAAAUCUAUCAAUGGCCUGUGUCUAAUUGCACAACUCCUCCUUCUGCUGACUGUUCCACCUCGUCCCCCAGGUGGUGCGAGUAUGAUUUUCACCCACACCCCAGAAAUUACUCUUGCAUAGCAUUGCGCGUGCUGAUGUCCGUCUGGUCUCAGUGUGCGGAACAAGAGGAACCCCCCUUAUUUUGAUAGCCUUAGCCUGACCCUGAUGCACUUCUUACGAUUUGUAUCUACACAUAGUAUGCCUAGAAAGGCGGAAGGGCAGCACAACUCGCAUGAUACACUCGCCGCGGUGCGGAAUUUCAGAUCUGCGUUGUUUAAAGCAAAAACCGGAUCGCGUCUGUGCAGAAAAUGCGCGACCGAUGACAUGAGAUGAUCAACAACCAACACGACUCUGUACUGAUUUUAAAUAUUCUGCUCUGCUACGCGCUCAUCACAAAACAGAAAAAUACUGUGAACAGGCAACUGAAUAAAGGAGUAGAAGGGGGGGCAGUUUGUGGUGUACUUUCAACCGAAAGAACACAAGGAAGUCCGGGUGUUUGAUUUGUAAACUUUUUCUACUUCAGGUACUACGCUAAGCGAUGUUUCUAUCCAAGAAAAAACUGUCACAGCAUGCUUAUGCACACUUUUGCUGGUUAUUUUGGCUGUGAUUCAGCAACACAAGUGAAUUCGGGCCUGGAUCAAAACUACCUACGUAGACACAAAAUCUGUAAUGCCAAUGCGCACAUGAUCAUGAUCUUGUUUCUCAAGGGAAAAUAAAAACGCAUGAACCUGCGCUCCCCCUCCCCAGCUUCUCCCGCAUGACAGAGCUUGUCCGUCUUGGUGGUCUUACGGCGUAAACUGUAACUUCUGUGGCACUUUUUUCACGGCAUAGCUCCCUCGCGCUGGGAGAGACCUUGUCGAAGAACAUGAUUCUGCUGAAAGACGAGGCGUUUGAAGACAUUUUGACCUUUUUCGACUCCGUCGCGAGCUAUGCAUUGUAAAUAUAUAUGUAGUCCGGGUGCAGGAGCCCCCGGUCGAGAAAGAUGUAAACUUGUGAUGCGGAAAAUUCGAAAACACGCAAAAACAAAAUCUUGUGGUGCACAGUGAGCUAAAGAUGGACGAUUUGGUUUCCAAAAGAUAGCACUUCUUUUGCAGAUGACUGAAAGUGGACAUGGAGAACUGAAGCCUCCGCAGAGUGAAUUUGUCAUGCGCUGUGGGCAUUCGUUCCUUCAGAAGCUUUAAGCUUCCCACAAAGAAACUGCACUACUUACAAGUGUCUGCCUUCUUGCUCCGGAGGACCCAGACAUUUUUGCAGUUGAGACGAGCGCGGGGAAACACAUAAACGCCAGUCUGAACCAUAUUGAGAGGAAAAAUCCCCCCUCCCCAUAUCGAAACGGUAUGUUUCCGAAAAUUUGUCUUGCUGAUUUGAGACCCCAAAUCAAGUCUGUCUUGCAAGAAGACAACGCCGCAGGCUCUGCCGCACUAUGCAGGCGGUUUGUCAUGCUGUUGGGCCUACAGCAUAGACGUUUCUCAUGCUAAGCGCCUAGGCCAAAAGCUCUCUACUCAGGCUUGGCAGGAGCCUGCAGUCCUCGCCAGCAAGACAGAUCUGAUUUGAGUACGCAAAUCCAGCAUCAGAAACUUCGUUUUGAUAUGGGGAGGGGGGAUUUUUCCUUUUGAUGAACCACCUUGACCGAGAUGACAAGACCAAAACCGUUGCGAUAUCCUGAGUAAAAACGUACCCACACCAGAGUUGUAAUGCAAAUCUGCAUGCUGAAAAUGUUUCUCAUGCGGAGCCCCAUGGGAAGCAUUCUCCAAUCGUGUUUUGCAAUUUGUCAUGCUCCAAUCAGCAUGGUAUGCUAGAUCUGUGAUGCUGCUGAGCUAGCUCAAACAGCACUACACUACGAAUCCAAAUUUGUCAUGCAAAACAGCCAAAGCUUGUGGAUUUGUCUAGCCGAUUCCCCAACUUGACUAUGGUGUGGGUACGUUUUUACUCAGGAUAUGCGAGGGAAGCCCGACUGCUAAAGAAAUUUUUUCUGAAAAUCAGUCAAGAUUUUUGACCUCAACAUGGGUCGAAGCAUGUCUUCUUUCCGUACUUGAGUGCGUUUUUGCACGGAUACAUCUGGACGCAUGAUCCGCCCAGUGCAGGUAGUACUUCAGUAGAUCGAAACAGUGAGGAGUUUCAACACCGAGCAGCUCAUCUUUCUCAAUCUAAAACUACGUCAUCUCCGGUUUUGUUUUCAGAGCGAAAGACUUUCGAGGCGAUGCGCCUUUUGUGAAAAUACUCUUCACAAAUUAUAAUACAGUGGCCGAACUUCUGCUGCAAGAUCUGAGUCGUGCAUUCGAAGGGGAAUGCGAAUAUUCGAGACUGUGAGUGUCACAUCAGACUCUGAGGAAAACGAAACCGGACAAAAUAAGCAAUAUGCUUCCGCCGGAUAAGCUUCCUUGCACCGAAAGUAGCUGAAGGUAGCCAUGUCAUUAUGAUUAUGACUCUCAUUUAUAGCACUUACUCUUUCUCUUGCUCACAAGGCAACAUAAACCCUCGUGGUGAGUGAGCACUGCGCUGGCUGAGGACUCACUGGCGCGACUAGGAUGGCCUGAGAUAUUCUCGUCCUCGCGAAAUGGACUCAGGUGUACGACAAGACGCAGCGGCUCCAGUCAAAAAACAUGAUGAAGAGGAAGUUGGCUGAAUAUAAAAAAGAACCAAAAAUACUUAAUAAAAAAGUGUGUGUGCGACUGCUCUCGCACCAGCGCGCGCCAGCUCAAUGCCUGCGAAACCGUCUCCGGCGCUCUGCGGGCCCGGGUCGUCGUCGUUGUUACAUUUUAGCGCAUAUACACGUCGGCGAAAGCGAGUCGGCGCCCUCGUUUUGCUUCUCGGCCUCGGAAUGACACGGAUCCGCCCGCCUCCGCGACCGGUUUGUAUUUCUUUUGUGCGCCCGUGCAUAAAGGCUUCUGGUUGUUCUGCGCCCACCAGAUAACGUAGUGGAUAGUCUUUUCGAUGAAUAGAUUAGCCACUACGUAGGACAUCAUCCGCCAGCAAUCCGUCCUACGGUCACUAGUCCUGACUCGGAACGAAUUGCGUCAGUGCGCCAUAUCAGAAGCCUCCUGACCGUGGCAUCGGUUCCGGCGCCACUUUUCGUCAAGUGGCAGCGAGCCCAUCUGUCGGGCACACGACACACACGACUGCCCUUCCCUGCUGUACUUGCACGAAGAGCGGACCCAUCCAAAGGCCCGCUGAGGAGUCGGCCCGUUGCUGUUGCGUGAGCGAGGGUCCCUGGCGCGGAUUCCCGCCAGGCGACGGAUUAAGUAAUCUUCCCUGCUUUUGCCCACCGUAGAUGAACUACGUAGCGCUCGCCAAAAACUAUG